UUGUGUUUACCGGCGGUGACCGCGGCACGCGGGCGCCGUGCCGGGCGUGCUGCGUAGUUGUGUUAUUCUUUCGGCAACGCUCGAACGCGCUGGCAGGCACGGCACAAAGCGCCCGGUAUAAAUUUCGAGCAAUGCGAACAAAUCUAAAUGACACAUCAUGCGCUUAUGCGCGAAACAGAACACACCCUGAAGUUGAUUUGAACGGUUCGAGUCGUAUAAUCGCGCUCUUUUCGCUUAUUCCGUCUUCCCUUGUAAUAUGCUACGCAUUGCAUUUGAUUAACAUCGUCGUGUCUCAGAAGUACCGUGCCAACUGUCGAGUGUCGCGCGAAUAUCGUAUUUUGGUAAUCGGUGUGUACGCGAGCGUAUGUUUUCUGAGUGUAGUGUGUGAGUGCCAUGAAGAAGCCAACGGACAACGCGAAAAUAAGAGAGGAGGGAGCCCGGGGAGGCAUCGUGCAUCAGGCAGAAUAAUCUCUGGAUUACGGUUACAAUUCUGCCUUUGCACAUUAUGUGAAUUGGAUGGUGCGCUUCCUGAUGUUCGCCGUAAUUGUACGACGGUGGACGGGGUCGAUACGGCCGUAAACCCGAUCAGCUGGAAGGAGAUUCGAAGCCGACUGAGGAUGUCCUCAAAGAGGAAGUCGCCACCAACGAAGCUAUCGGAGGGCGGGGGCGGUGCGGGUACAGUGGCAGGCGCCAACGAGGAGGAGGAGGACACUACCUCGCCGGUGGCCGGUUCCGGUGGCGAGGCAGCCGUCGUCGUCGGUGAGGAGGGUGCCACCACCCCCGUCGACAUUGAGGAGUGCUACUCCCAUCAGAGAGGUGGCGAGUGCGAGUCCUCCGGCUGCUCAUCGCCGGCGACUACCAGCGAGCCGGAACUACGCGACUCGCCGUCGCCCUCGUUGAAUUCCUUGCGGACGGCCAAGCGACAGAGGCUGUUGCUCCUGUCGAGCCAAGAGACCCUCGCGCCGUAUCACCAUCCUCAUCACCACCACCAUCAUCACCACCACCACCAUCAUCACCAUACGAACACGUCGUCGUCGUCGGGCGGUGCACUGGAACCGGCGAGCUCCUCGGAGUGCGGCUCGCCACCCACCCUCCUUUCCGUCGAUCCCUAUUACCCCCAUCAUCCACAUCACAAUAACAACAACAACAGCGUCACGCAGAACAACAACAACAACAAUAACGGUAGUGGUACCACCGCUGCAGGCAGUAAAAGGUCCAUGGACGACGUUCUUAAAAGACUAACGUGCAAGAUGAAUAGCGAAUCCCUGUCUAUCCAGGACGAUACUACCAAUACCAGGCGGACAUCACCUCCGCUCUCUUCCACGCCAACCGGUCACAAUGCACAUAGUUGCAGUGGAAGCACGACUACCACCGUGGCAAAUAACGUGGCACUCUCACCUCCGGAUUCUGGAAGGAUAUCAAACACGGAGGCGCAAGUAGAUCAGGACGGCGUGGCGGCCCUUCACAGGAUCCUUUGCGCCGACAGCUUCGCCGAGAAGGAGCGCCGACUAUCGGAGAUGAUCCUGCAGCUGCAGUUGCUUAGGGAACGUCUUGUACAACAGCAGGAUCAAUCGAAGUCGUAUCCCGCUCACAUGACGGUCGACUCGCAGAAGCAAAUCGAGAUGCAGCGGCUGCAAACGGAGCACUUGAAGCGGCAGCAAGAGCACAUCAUGCAGCACAACAUCCAGGAGUUGCAGGCUCAGAUGACAAAGAGCCAGCUGAGCAUGUCGGGGCCGCAGUCACUGAUGUUUCUGCCGUUUCUUGAACAGCUCAGAGGGCUGCCCGUGCAGUCGCCCAUGCCUCCACCGCCAGCCACGUCAACCGCCACCACCGGCAACAAGCACAUCAACUCCAUCGCCAAUAUGAUCAGCAGCCACCGAGAAGGUCCAAGCUGGGCGACCGCACAUCUCGCUCAGAUGACCACGCAAAUGGAGAAGGAAUCGUCGUCGCCGGCGCCGAUUUCAUCCGCGGUAGCGCCAACGGCUCCGCCUCUUCAGGAUCUCGACGCCCCGUUGAACCUCACCAAGCCGAAAUCGACGUCCUCGGGCGCCACGGCGUCUUCCUCGUCACCCGGUAGUGACUCGCACUCGACCGGUGCUGGAAGCAGCGGCCAGCAGGAGCAACCAUUAGCGGCGACCGCGCCCAAGCUCUUCCCUCCAGGACUGCCGAUACCGCGGAAUUACCUGCCGACGCUUCCUUACGCCGGUCUACCACCGCAUCUCAGCAGUCUGUCUUCGCCGAUGGGCAAGGUAAUGGCCAAAGACGAGGCCGGCGGACCAGGAGGAUCCGUGGCGGCCGCUGCGGUCGCGGCCGUGGAAAAGCACUUCGCGAUGCACGGGCUGUACGGAUUGCCAUCGAACACAGGUGGGAUGCCACCGUCGGCCCAGACUCAAAGACCGAUCAAGCAUUCUGGCUCUCGGGAGGAACCGCCUCAGGAGGAGCAGGAUUUUCUCUCGACGCCUCACAUGUGGCGAGAUCCGGGAUAUAAAGUAGCGGAAGACAUAACGGAAAAAGCUAAAAUGGUGAGGCAGCAGAAAAGGGAGGGUGAGAACAAGCCACAUAUCAAGCGACCUAUGAACGCAUUCAUGGUGUGGGCCAAGGACGAACGUAGAAAGAUCUUGAAAGCCUGCCCAGACAUGCACAACUCGAACAUAUCGAAAAUUCUCGGCGCCCGGUGGAAGUCGAUGUCAAACUCGGAGAAACAGCCAUAUUACGAGGAACAGUCGCGGCUUUCGAAGCUGCACAUGGAAAAGCACCCAGACUACAGGUACCGGCCGCGGCCAAAGCGCACGUGCAUCGUGGACGGGAAAAAGAUGCGUAUCUCCGAGUACAAGUCGCUGAUGCGGCAGCGGCGGCAGGAGAUGCGGCAGUUGUGGUGCCGUGACGGCGGCACUGAGAUGAACUUCUUGUCACCGGUAAGUGCCGAUAUGACUGGCACGCAGCAUCACCCGGGCACGGGCGCCGGUCCGUCGGCGCGACCAUCGGUCUCGCCGCCGGCGACGAUGCUGAACGGUGGUGGCGGUGCUGCCGGCCCAAGUUCGGACCAUCCUUCGUUCUACUAUCCACAGGACAGUCUGUCGCCCACGGACAUGAUGAACUUCUCACCCGAAAAUUCUGGCUCGAUCGGCGGCUACGACGCGAGUCCGCGGCAUCACGAUGAGGAUUGAACCGCAGCUCCGGGUCAGCCACUUUGGCCGCCCGGAGCAUCAUCGUCAUCAUCGUCGGCAGUGGCAGCGGCAGCGGCGGCCGCAGCGACUGCAGCGGCCGCGUCUACGUCGAGGCUCGCUUACGAACUCUUCUGGUAAUCGGAAUCAUCCGUCUCAGUGUGACAACGUCGUCGGUCAGGUGUCGUGUGUGCGACACCGACCGUGAACGCGCGAUCGCAGGAACAUGUCCGCGAACUGCGCUUCUCUGCACGACGGUGACAAGAAGUGAACUGGAAGAGGAUACUACUUCUCGGGGAAAGAAGAGUCGGGCGUCUCGAAACCUCUCGCCGGAGGUUGUGAUAUAACGUUCUAUUUCUGUGCCAUCGUACGCGAAACGCGAAGGACCUAUCCACGAAGUAAAAAAAGCGCGAGAGCAUCUCCGUCGCGACGUCGCUCGAUCGUUAAUCUUUCUUGCUCUUCGGUAUAAACUUAUUGAAAAAAAAUGCUGGUGUCUUCGUUAUACGUAAUCUUUACAUCAGUUAGUCCGUUUGAUUUGUUAUCGAAUAUGUACGCGGAUCUCGAUACAGUGCUCGAUAAGCUUAUAUGCGCUGUCAUAUUGAUAACAACAACUUCUUUAAAUUUAGCAAAUAUUUUAACAUCAUCUGACAUCCAAGCUCAUUUAAAGUAGUGCUCAUUUAAAGCCUUGGCACAUACAGAAACUUAAGAUGUAAGACUUAAGCGAUAAGGAAUCAACAUGUUGGAUUCGCUACUGCUUACAUUAUAGUCUAACGGAUUCUAUUGUGAUUGCUCGAUUUGUUUACUGCUUAAGUUUUUUUAUGUGCCAUAGCCUUUAAGAAGAAAAAAAAACAAGAAAAUCCAACUAUCUUCUUGAUUUGAAGCUUUGAAUAUGUUGUGUAAGCUCCAAAUAAUUUACACCAA